AUGCCCUCUCCUCCUACGCCUCCCCCGUCUUAUAUCCCGCAAAGGAGCGCCUUGCCAUCAUCCCAGUCGCGUAGUCGAUUGCGCGCGUAUCUGGGCUUCACCGAGGAUUCCAAGGCACAUAGUAGCGGCCUCGCAGGCGACCAGCGAGCGGCCAGCUCUAUGCGAUUUCCUUCCUCGGCCGGGCACGCGCCAGGGGCAUCCGCCUCGUUACGUUCUGCCUUCCGCGUGCUGAACAAGGACGGUCUGCACGAAAGCGGGCAACCCGUCCCACAUUCGGCAGCGCAUAGCACCUCCCCCAGCCUUGCGACGAUUGCGUCCAGUAGCCGGCUUAUCAUCGAGCAUCGCAAGGACGACGGUACUCAGUACACUUUAACUCGCUGA